AUGAAUUAUAAAUUUAUUUGUUUUACAAUUUUUGUAGCAUUAACCAUAAGCUAUAGCGUUAGCUUUACACCUAUCGAAUGUGAUUUAUGUCAAUUGGGUAUCGAUUCAUUACACGGCAUUGCAAUUGCAGAUAAUUUAACAGAGAGCGAUAUCUAUUUAGCAUUACAAAGAAUUUGCGACUCUGUUCCAAGCAACUACUCGACUAUGUGCAAUACUCUUUUAAAAUAUUCAGGUGAAACUAUCAUCGACCAAGUAUUAAAUGGUACUCGUAGUGAAGUCGUUUGUUCUGAACUUACUAUUUGCAAUUCAAAUAAUGUCAAAUCAAAAGAU